AUGAAUUCCGCUUAUAAUGAAGAAAUUUACAACAGAGCUCCUAUCAUGAUUGAGGACAAAAUUUGCUUCUUAGGUGGACAAAACUUGCAGUCAUUCGGGUUAUCUGAACCAAAGCGAAAUGUUGAAUCGGCAAUGCACAGUGAAAUUUGUCAUGAAAUGAGCUACAAUUUGCAAAAACUUACAAAAUGCUUAGAACAUGAAAAUAAAUUGGUUCCAGAUCAAAAGAAAGUAUUUGAAACCAUUGUGACCGCGGUUUCUAAUCAGGAUGGUGAUAAAAAAGAUGGAUGCAUAUCACUGGAAUGUAUUGGAAACAUCGUGAAAAGCCACCAAGACCUUUUGCUUGCAAUAUUUCCUAACUUAAGACAGCACUUCACUGAUCGCAGCUGGUUAUGUGAAAGUUCCAUUCUUGCACCAAAAAAUGAUACAGUGAGAGCCGUUAAUAAACAACUUUUAGGACAGUUGCCAGGCAGUGUUAAAAUUUACAAGUCAGUUGAUACUAUGUGUUCUAUAGAUGAGGCUGUAAAUUACCCAAUUGAAUUUUUGAAUUCGUUGGAACUGACUGGAGUACCUUCGCUUAUUCUGGAGUUGAAAGUUGGUGCACCUAUAAUGCUGUUUAGAAAUUUGGAUUCUUUGUAA